AUGACGACGAUGGUGUCUUCGGAGCUGGAAAGCAUUAAGAAAGAGCUAUCCACAUAUGCCAUGAAAGGCAGGAGGGAAAAAGUGAUGAAGAUGUACCAGGACGAACCAAGGGCGCACAGAGCCAAAAUAACAAGGUCAGGCGACACUGCGCUGCACUUAGCUGCGUCGGAAGCGAAGGACAAGGUGGGGGAAGAAAUGGUGAGGUCAGUUAGGUCCCAUUGGGAUAAAGAUCAACUUAAAAAGGUCCUGCAAACUGAUAACAUUAGGGGCAACACUGCUCUGCAUUUAGCGGCUGCAAUGGGAGACGUCAGAAAAUGUGAGAUAAUUGCAAAGGUCAAGUCGUCGUUGGUGGAUUGUCGUAACGGUGCCAGCGAGACACUCCUCUUCCUGGCCGCUCACUUUGGCGGAACCAAAGCUUCUCUUUGCCUUCACUAUAUCCGAAACCCUACCGACGGCGGCACUCCGCUCUACUAUGCCAACUGCAGAAGGAACGACGGCGACACUAUUCUUCACAGCGCGAUCAAUGGAGACUAUUUUGAUUUAGCAUUCCAGAUAAUACACUUGUAUGAAGAUCUAGUGACCUCGGUGAACGAGGAUGGGUUGUCCCCGCUCCAUCUCCUGGCAGCGAAACCUUCUGCCUUCAGAAGUGGCAGCCGCCAUGGACGGGUUGAAAGUAUCAUCUAUCACUGUAUAGACGUUGAUCAGCUAAAGAAAGCAGAACCGCUGAACGUCUAUACUGAUGAAGUCAAAGAAGACCAACCAGCCCAUUUUCCACCCAAUUAUUGUGUACUUUGGGACGCUUUCAACACCGUCAUCACAUUCAAAUCCACAGUGACAGGACCUUCCGCAUUGUGCAAUUCGCCGUCUUCUACCACCGAGUAA